AGCCGAGACCCCCUCCUUGUAGAGUCAAGACUCUUGGGAUUUGUUUCUCAGGGAUGGCCGCAUCGAUUCUGGAGGAGGAAGCACGUUAUGGCUCCAGCCCUCUGGCUAUGCUAACUGCCACCUGCAAUAAAUUUGGAAGCACAAGCCCAGUGAGAGACUCCGCCACGCCCGGCAAAGCAGGAAACACAGUGCCAGGAAAGAAGCCCUACACCAUGACCACGGACCUCCAAGCGCCCAAGAAUGGCCGCAGCAACGAUGGCCUGCCGGACUCCUACACCGCCUCCUUCGGCGCUGGAGGGGGACUCCUGACCCCCACGGGCAGCCCGCCACCCCCGACGGGGGGCUACGGCUCCGAGUACAACCCCUUCUCCCACUCCUUCCAGACGUCGUCCGGGUCGCAGGACCCCUCGCUUCUGGUGACCAAAGCCCACGCCACUGCGGACUGCCUGACUAGUGUCUACACCUCUCUGGACAUGACCCACCCGUACGGCUCGUGGUACAAGGCAGGCAUCCACCCGGGCAUCACCACGGCGCCGUCCAACGCCACCUCGUCCUGGUGGGACGUGCACCCCAACUCCAACUGGCUGAGCCCGGCGCAGGCGCAGCAGGACGGCCUGCAGGCCUCGCUGCAGCCUGUGCCGCCACAGACCUCGCUGAGCCCGGGGCAGCUGCCCAGCUACAGCUCCGAUUUCACCUCCCUCAACCCGGCGCAGUACUCCUCGGUGGGCCUCAGCUCCUCCACACACCUGCUGCCCUCCUCUCAGCACAUGCUGCCCCAGGACAUGUACAAGCCCAAGCCCGUGGCCAGCGCGGGGAUCAUGGAGAACCCCAUGGGCCUCAAGCCCAGCCGGGGCUCUGGAGGGUACGGUGGCGGAGGCGGCAGCACCACGGGUCGGUCGUCGUGCGACUGCCCCAACUGCCAGGAGCUGGAGCGCCUGGGUGCGUCGGCCGCCUCGCUGCGCAAGAAGCCCGUGCACAGCUGCCACAUCCCGGGCUGCGGCAAGGUGUACGGCAAGGCCUCGCACCUGAAGGCACACCUGCGCUGGCACACGGGCGAGCGCCCGUUCGUCUGCAACUGGCUCUUCUGCGGCAAGCGCUUCACGCGCUCCGACGAGCUGGAGCGGCACGUGCGCACGCACACGCGCGAGAAGAAGUUCACGUGCCUGCUGUGCAACAAGCGCUUCACGCGCAGCGACCACCUCAGCAAGCACCAGAAGACCCACGCAGAGGCCAGUCUGCAGGGCAAGGGAGCCGGCGGAGAAGGGGGGGAGGCAGACCCCAGGGUGGAGGAAACCACUGACCCCAACAGCAACGCCCCCGCCCCCGGGCCCGGGGGAACGGUCCCAGACGCCGCCACCAACGGCGAGGAGAAAAGCAACGCGGCCAAUGGCGUAGAGACGAGCAGUGGUCUGCUGGAGAUCUGAUUCCGUUUGACCUGACUGACUCUCAGUUAGGUCUGCUGGUGCUUCUAUUGGUGCUAAGCGGUGGUGCUGAGGUGUGGGUUUAUUUUUUUUUCUCUGUGAAGGACGGGAGAGACCAGAAGAGACCAUUUAUAUGUUCAGAAAUACAUUUUAUUUCUUUCACUCCCUCUCCCUCUCUCUCUCUCUCUCUCUCUGGUGCUGUGAGCCAGCAACAAGAAAUGGGACAGAUGGAAGCCAGCAACUUGUAAAAAAGCCAAGAGACUUUAACAUUGCAAAGCUGCUGGAUGUUAAGAAAACACCAUACACGCACACAGACACACACAAAUGUAUACACACACACACAAACAUACACACACUAGCAUGUACCACUAAAUCACUGGGAGUGCCUCUUAUAAAGACAUUAAAAAUGGCAAAUUUGGUGAUAUUGAAUAAUAACAUAUCACGCAGGUAUUUUGGCAUUUUCACUGAAAUAGUCUUUUGUGAAAAUACAGAUUUACAAUAGUAUGUUUUUGUGUAAUAUAUUCAGCAUAUUUUCAUUAUGAAGGACCAAGCUGUUAACAGAUUAGCAUAAUUGAUCAUGCUCAUCUGAGUGACUGAACAGUUGCUGAUAAUGUGCAGUUAUUGUUCUUUACAAAUGUUUUAUUUUUUCUCUUAUUCUCAGUUUAAUUUAAUUUCCUUUUAACUUUUUUAAGAAAUAUAAAUUAUGUCUUAAAUUAUGAGAGGAUAGUAUUGCAUUUCAAAAGCAUUGCUCAGUGGCUGAAGGUCUGCAGCUGGCCAGUUAGGAAAAUAAAUUAAUGGUUUUCUUUUAUUUUUAUCUUUCUAUUUAUUGAUUGUUUAAAAUAUUGAUUGCUAAGUGGUGGUGGUGUCCAUUUUUGAUUCUCUCCUGUCUUUUCAGUCUGCUUUUAAAGUUAAUUUUACAUGCACCCCACCUUAACCUGUUAACUUGCCUGUGUUUUUUUUUGUUGAAGUAGAAAGUGCCUUGCCUUCAGGACUGUAAAUACAGUGACAAUGAUGACUUGUUUUUGCCAAUAAAUU